CUUUGAUCAGCGGCUGGAUCAGCCAACCUGAGAUAAGGCUGAAUACACGUCUAUAAUCCUACACAUUUUUUGCGGUAACGGCCAAUAUGACUAUUACGUCAUUACUUGAUCCUUCUAUUAGGCAUUACCAUCUUACCUUACCAUCUCUCCUAACCUCUGUAGCUUUCAAGCAAAAUCCGUGUAUGUAAAGCCGCUGUAACUUUCUGAUACCCUGUCAACUCUUUAACAUGUAACUGAGAUAGUAGAGAUACUAGAGAUACUAAAGCAUAUAAGAAGUUGUUGUUAUUGCUCCGUGACUUGAAAAUUUGCAAUCUUCAACCCAAGCCAUCUAUCUCAUCUUGACACUCUUAUUCAACUCUCCAAGCCUCUUCAUCUUCCUAAUCCUCUCAACUCUUCGACGUUUGCAACAAGCAAAGCGAAUCAGCUCAAAAUGUUCGGUCGCGCCUAUUUCAAACACUUCGUUUCUAUCCUGGCGCUACUAGGCCCUGCUGUGGCCGCCGAUCUCUAUCGCGUGGAUUUCCGUCCGCCUGUGCAGGUUAAAAAUGAUGGAGGCCUUCUGAGCCGUAACCCUGACGGCGACGGCUCCGUCAUUGACCAUGUCAAGAAUACCUUGGGAAACGAUGAUCCAUGGGUAUCGACCACGAGCGAUUAUAACAUCGCUAAAGGAGGUGCCAUGUCUCCUGGCAACGUCUAUGUUUACUACAUCGACCCGUCGGGCCUCAAUGCCGUUGACACUAUCAAGGCGUUCCAGGACGCGGGUGAAGAUCACCCUCAUCCUGGGGAGAAGGAAGUUUCGAUAAAGGGCUCUGUCCCUUGGGACCACAUCACUCAAUGGGACACGUUCAAGAGGAACAAGAAGACCGGGACUACGACCAGGGAAGACUUUGACCGGGGUCAAGGUGCGAAGCGUUCGGUCCGAACAUUCGUUGCUUGAAAUCAGCUGUCCUUUGAUUACAGCGCGCAACCGCCUGGUACCUCGCAACGCUAGAUUAUUUCUCUAGAUAUGUAUUAAGUAAGGUAGCUUUGACCGUCGUGUAUGAAUAGGAACAUUCGCUUUUCAUAGGGAAC